AUGUCGCUUGCGGUCGAUGGUGAUGCAGAUGAGCCCGUACCAGCUGUCGUAUGUCGUGCCACUCUACCUAACGAUCUAAGAUUUUCCCACGAUGUGGCUUCAAUGUCUGUGGUGAACCGUUCCCAGACUGGUUUAGCAGUCGAAACCGAGCUGUCUACAUUGAAUGGACAUCCACCCCUCCACAGUCCUCGUCCUUCAUCGAUCACGCGAUCACCAAUUGAAGGCACCCUUAAUUCGUAUGCCCACUCCAAUCCAUCACAAUUAUCUCAAGAUACUAGCGGUACAGUGUUCAACUCUGCUGCAGAUACGCAUCUGAACCCAUCGCAUGCUCACCUGCGGCAUGCCAGACCUACGUCUGGAGUGUUGUCUGACUCUGAAGCUGAGACGUCCCCAGUAGUGAUACCAUCACCACCUACUGCUGCACAGCACGAUCUGAAAAAUCAAGAUUUUUCCACAUUGCAGAAGGCAUAUCCUUUCUUCAUACCCAUAUGUCCCUGGAUUCUUCCCUGGGCUGGGUCUAGACCAAGAAAUCCGCACAUUCCAAACGUACCCUCGAUUGCUCCUUUAACAACCUCAUUUACUCUCCAUGGUGUACCCAGCGAUUGGUCUCUGCACAUCAAUCCUCAGGGUGUUCGCUACUAUGUACAUGAGAUGAUGUUUCACGCAUCGGUGAAUGCGUCGUCGACGUCCUGCAGCUCUCGGCUACGAAUUUUCACCCACGAAGAUAUCAUCUUACCAGAAGUCCUGCGAGAACUGACCGGGUUUCUAGAUAACAUCCUCAAUUACAUGCACGCCAAGGGAACUAAUCUUCCACCUAAAGUAGAUAUUGUUUUGAGCUUCGGAUCGGAAUUUGAGGACGGCACCCAUUGUUGCGGAUAUUACUUUGCAGAUCACAUGCACCGUUCUAUCUUUUGGCUUGAUAGCUUUGAUGCUAGCAUGCUGGCACAUGGACUGAUAAUAGCCAGGGUGCAUUAUCGCAUGUUUCCCUGCCAAGAAAUGACCAGUGAUAUAAUCGAAGAGGUCAACGAUUAUCUCAUUCAUUGUAUUGCAGGUGACCCUAGGUCAUAUUCUCGUCCAGGUUCGGCUAACGCGGUUGGUAUAGCUCUGAUCAUGGAUAAACGCUCUCGAGAUCGAUACGUGAACCUUUAUGGUGAACCCCAACCUUUCCUUUGCACCAAUAACAGUGGUGAACAAGGCCAUGUUAUAUAUAAACGAUCACGCACAGGACUAAUUGCCAUACUGUCGCCGCUCUUAUUCUUUGCACCCGAUAUACACUGUGCUGCCCUUCAUGAAGUCUGUCAUAAUGGUAUUUCUAAAACGGAUUGGAGUGCUCUCAUCCGAAAACUCAGUACUGAAUGGCAAGAUUUCGUCAUCAAUGUAGGGAUCCGCACGAUAGACUCUAGAGAUAGUCUAACACAUCUACAGGCUACUGUAUUACUCAAUGCCAACAUCGCAUUCCUGGCUAUUCAGAGCAUUGACGAAUCUAGUGACGAUAAGGGACGUUCACCCACCCAGAUAGCAAGCUAUGUGUCAACGAUUAUAAGCAUCGGCAGUGUAACUAUGGGUUUACUUUUACUGCAGAAGAACCGUCACAAAUCUCGUGUUUACUUCCUCAACAAGUGGGAAUUCCUUGGCAUACAAAGAGGAGACUUAGGAGAAAGACUUGGUCUAGAGACUCUGGCUAUCAUGUACAGCUUACCUUGGGCGUUACUCAUGUGGGCGAUGAUUUUCUUCCUAGCGGCGUUCUGCCUUAUGUGCUUUACCGCCUCCAGCUUAUCGGUCCGAAUGAUCGUGGGCAGCGCAUUAUUAGCCAUCGGCAUCUUCAUCUUCUGGUACCUCACGAUAUCGCGCGAACGAUAUGAGCUACGAUGGUAUGUGAGGGCGCAUGUCCAUUUGGUCAAUGCUUGGAAUCGACUGCCCCGGGGACUUUCCGUACGCAUCCCGGUCAAGUUCAAUAUGGGUUGGACACAAAGAACGCUGCAGAUGAGUUCGAACGAUGUUGAGAUGGCGCCGACAGGUUCGCAUAAGACGGCGUAA